AUGACUCUUGAAUGCUUUGGUGAUAAAAAAACCUCUAACGACACAUCACUUUCGGAAGAAGAAAUGAGAAGACUAGCCCUGCAUGAAACGGGCCACGUCUACAUCGCUUUGGCUUUAGGCGUUAAGUUAAAAAAAGUCACAUUAAAAGCUAACGAAGUUCUACUUGGACAUACCACAUUUACUUUUGGAAAGAAAUUAUACACUCCCUCAGAUAAAGACAAUUAUAUGAGUAUUUUACUUGGUGGUUAUUGCGCAGAAAUGUUGUUUUUAAAAGAACCAUCAAUUCUCAGUUCUUCAGAUUUGGCAAAAGUUCGAGAUGUUGCCUUGUCUAAAGGAGCCAAAUUUGCGUUUGAUGGGAAGCCUGCCAGAUGGAUUGUUAAUAAGAAUUCUUCUGAAGCUUUAAAAAAAGAGCGCGAAGAUAUAAUUUAUAAAGAUGUUGAUGAAUGUACAGAAAGGGCUAAGAAACUGAUAAAAGAACAUGAAGAGGAAAUAGGAGAAUUUGCCUCAACUUUAUGCAAGGAAAUUGAACUUGAGGGAAAGCGUCUUUAUAAGGAGAUCAACAAAUUGAAGCAAAAAUAUAAGAAAAAAUAA